AUGCCACUCUUUCGUGAGGAGAACUUCCUCAUAAUUCACACUGGGUCAAAACAUACCCUUUUCUCGUUUGGCUUGCAGGACACCUUAUCCCCACCACAAUACAAGCUCCCCACCGUUGUGUACCUAGACAAGUCUACGAAUGUCUACCACGCCUCGAACACUGGCAAUCUUGCAGAAAUUUGGCCUGUUCGUGCUUCCCGUAUUGUUGACGUGAAAGCAUACCAAGCUCUUUUGAAGUUCAUACUACAGACCAUCAUUUCACAAUACCCUAUCCUCACAAUUAACCAAGUGCCGUUGUUGUUGAUAGUUCCAUCUUUGUCCUAUUCCCGUUCAGCCAUCGAGCAGAUCACUAGAUAUGUUUUCGAGACUUUGGAAUUCACUGCUUUCAAUGUCUUGGACCUUUCCAUUGCCUCUACUUUUGGCCUCGCUACCAUGUCGUCUGCAGUUGUGGUCAAUGUCGGCCAUGAAAGCUCUCAGAUUAUGCCUGUCAUCGGCGGUACAUCCAUCAAGCAUGCUGGUAAAAGAUUGGAAAUUGGCGGAAAGUCGAUUACUGAUGAGUUGAGAAAGUUGUUACCCCAUUUAUCUGAAGCACAGAUCACAGCAUUGAAGAUCUCAAAAAUAUAUGAAGUCUUGAGUGACCACACCGAGUCUUUCUAUUCGCUUGAUGAUCUCAAGGAGAAAAAGAGCAACCAAGGUGACGAUUUUGAUGUGGCCAAGUUAGUCACAGAAGAAAACCAGAAUGGAAUUGGUGUUUCUGAUGAAAAGGCUGAUGGGGAGGAGGAGGAGGAGGAGAAUGAAGAGGACAAGAAGCCCAACAGUCAGCUAGACAAGAACUGGUUUAAGGAUCCUAUUUCAGGUAACAAGAUCUACGUCGGUAAGGAACGUUUCCAAGGCACAGACAAGCUUGUGGAUGGUAUUCCAGAUUUGGAGAAGCGUCAGGAAUGUUUUGACAACAUCAUUUUCACAGGCUCGACUUUCCACAUUGAAGGCUUGAAGCAGGCCGUGAUCAUCAAGUUGUGUGAACGUCACUUAGUCAGACCACAAUCAACUGAGAAAGGCUCAAAGGGUGGUCAGAAUGGUGUGAAUUCCGCCAUUGCUGCUUACCAGCAGACAGAAGAAGCUGCUGAAGAGACGAAGAGUGCUGGUCCUCUCCAAAAUCCUUCGCUGGUCAGAUCGGCUAAAUGCCCAGAGUACUUUCCAGAGUGGAAGAGGCCAAAAGAGCAUGGCGGUUCGUGGCUAGAUGUUUACUUCUUGGGUGGUCAGAUCUAUUCCAAGCAGGUCUUUGGCACCAACUCUAAUCACGGAGGUGAUUCUUUUAUCGACACGGAUAUCUACGAGGAAAGGGGUCCUCAAGCGAUCUGGGACGUUGUUCUCAGCUAG